GUGUGUGAGACUCACUCUGUCUGUUCUCGGAUGGUUCAACAGCUCUCCGCUUCUCCCUGCACUCGUCUUCUCUUCUUCUCUUCACCUCUUCUUCCUCUCUUCGUCCUGCCUUCAUCCUCCAACCCCCGACGUCAGUGGAACGUUUCAAUCCCCUCUGAUAUUCAGGUUAAUCUGAUUAUGAAGAUAUUCUCUGAGACACCUCUUCGUCAAUGACGGCCAAGAUGGAGACUCCUUUCUACCACGACGACUCCUCCGCUGUCCCCGCCUUUAGCCAGAUUGCAGAAUACGAGCGUUACCCCGGAAACAAGAUGCUGAUGAGUAAGAAGGCCAUGUCAGUGGUGGGCAGUCAUCACUUCCCCAGCGGUGGUGCAGCAGGAGGGAGGGGUGGGAACCACAACAACCUGGGGCUCGCUGGCAACAGCUCCCUGAUGACAUCAGCAGCACCCUCAGCGGACAUGAACCUCCUGAAGCUGGCAUCCCCCGACCUGGAGCACUUGAUCAUCCAGUCCAACCAGGGACUGGUCACCACCAGCCCUGUGUCAAACUCCACCAAUGCCUUUCUGUACCGCAACCAGGCCACCAACGAGCAAGAAGGAUUUGCUGAUGGCUUUGUCAAAGCGCUCGCUGAUCUUCACAAGCAGAACCAGCUAGUGGGAGGUGGCCCCAUGUCCCCAUCUUCAUCCUCCGCCGUCUCUCUGCAGACAUCCUACCAGAGGAACCUGAUGUCCAGUGGAGACAUGCCCAUCUACACCAACCUCAGCAGCUACAACCCGGGCCAGAUGACUUACCCUGGAGGCCAGAUGGCGUACGGUAGUGGCUCAGGCCAUGGCAGCGGUGGAGCCUCUCAAAGCCACACCAGAGGCCUGGACGCCCCUCAGACAGUCCCUGAGGUGCCUCACCCAGCGGGCGACCCUACUUCCCCGCCCUCCCUCUCUCCAAUUGACUUGGAGACACAGGAGCGAAUCAAAGCAGAACGCAAAAAGCUCCGCAACCGCAUCGCCGCGUCCAAGUGCCGCAAGCGGAAGCUGGAGCGGAUCUCGCGGCUGGAGGAGAAGGUGAAGGUCCUGAAGAACCAGAACUCGGACCUGGCCUCCACCGCUGCCAUGCUGCGGGAGCAGGUUGCCCAGCUCAAACAGAAGGUCAUGAGUCACGUCACCAAUGGCUGCCAGAUCGCCGUCAGCUCGGCCGCUGGCAAGUCUGGAGGAGGAGGGGGAGGAGCUGGUAGUGAGGACUCCAGCUGCUGAGGGGGACACAAGCUGAAUAAGCAUCUGAACACAAGCCAAGGGGCCGAGGGGCCAAGGGUUUACUUUUACGAUUUUGCCAUUUUGCUCACACUUACGGCCAGAGCGAGCAGAGAUGGAGACGUAAGAACACAUGGAUGUUUAAUGGGAUUCGUGUAGCCCUGAAAACCGCUGUCAAUCAUCCAGCCACAGGGGGCGGAGCAUAGAGGAGAGAGAGGACACAGAAAGAGGGAUAAAUCCCUGAUGUGCAAAGUUCAAAUUUGGGUAAUUUGAAUUUUGCUGUUUUUCAGAGGAGAUGUUGGCAAAUUUUAUUUAAUACAAUAUUCUUUUUUUUUUUGAGAUGUCAAUACAUCUCAGUAAAUAACUGGAAACAUUGGAAAUUCUUUUCCACCAUUGAUUUUAUUGUCAUUUAUAGUAGAAAUAUUGUUUGAAUAAAUGACAUAUUAAAAUGAACAUUUUUACAGUGUAACAUUAAUCUUUUAUAUUUUGAAACAGAGUUGAAAACACUGCUUAUAAAAGGUUAUCCAAAUGUUCAAAUCGCAAGUACUGAUUUAAUUCAUUCAGUGUGAAGUAAUCAGAUUACUGUAGGUACAGAGUAAGGACUGUAAUUUGAAUUUUCUUGUCAGAAUUUACAAUAAUCAGUUAUCAGAAGAGUGUUAAAGAGAUAAUUUGUUACUUUUUUUACUACAAUCCCACUGUGUGUUAGCGAUGGGACUAUACACACCAAGCACUUUGACACCUCUGUUUUUUACAGUAACUCUUCAUAGUUACUGUGAUAGAUCUAUGUAAUCCGAUUACAUGUCUGAAACUGAAGCCCAGCUGUGGUUCGUAAUAAUCCAGUGACUGUUUAAAAUUUUGAACUGUGUUUCUGUGUUUUCUUUGUCUAUUGUUGCUGGAAGUUAAAAGCCUUUAAAGCUGCAUUUCGAUCACAAAGUUGGUUGUGUUUUUUGAGCUGACAGGCUGUUUGUUCAUUUCAGUUGUUGGCUGAUGGAAACUGUUCUCACUUUCUCUGGAUCUUUCAGGAAUCAGGACUGAAGGGAAUGUUCAAUUUAAGACCUGCCAGUGACGACACCUGUAUGGUUUUAAUAUCUCAAUUUAAAAACAAGUUGUUGUUUGUUUUGUUUUUUUACUUUUCAACUACUGGUAAGAAGAGAGAAUUUCACGUUCAACUCAAUGGCAGUUUUUUUGAAAUAGUUCACAUGUUUUUGAAGCAACAGAACUAUUACUGACAUAAACAUAAAUUAUGAUGAUGAACAAUGUCAGAUGAAGCAUUUCUUGUCUCCUUUAUUCUCAGUGCAUAACAGUGUUGCGCAUACAGUAUAAGAUAUGACUAUUGAACAUUUAUCACUUUGAUUAGUUUGCAGCUUUAGAUGGAAGCCAAUUUCUGCCAGGAAUGAAGAAAAAAAAGAUUGAAUGUUAAGGGUGAUGAAAAAAAAUUAAAAACAAAAACAAUCUCAUAUGUCCUAAUUUGGCCUUCCAUGACAUUAUAUUAAAAUUUUAAUUGGGAAAAAGUCAAGAUUUAAGGGUUGUUGUAAUUCACCUUGUUUUUCUUCCUGGUUGUAAUGAGCUUCCACUGGUUAAAGAUCUUCAAAGAAAUUUAUAAAGAAAGAUUUUGUUUACUCAAAAAUUAUCUCAGUG